AUGCAUAUCCCGUCAUUCUACCAAGAAUAUGACCGCUUUUGGGAAAACUCGUGCUCCGCGUCAACGGGAUUCGUCAUGAAGCUGCUGCUGAUCCUGGCAAUUGGAUCCGUAUUUUAUUGUAAGCCAGGUCCAUCGAAUGAGCUCGGUUUACCAACUCGACAAUGGAUCUAUGCUGCUCAGUGGUGGAUUUCUGGACCAUUUGAAAAAGAACGUGAGAGUAUUGAAGGGUUGCAGGUGCAUUGUCUUCUGCUUCUUUGUCGCCAAGCAUAUGCAAUGGAUAAAGAAUCGAAUUGGACCGCUGCUGGGACUUUGUUACGCCAAGCUAUCCACCAGGGUCUGCAUCGCGACCCUAGGAAUUUCCCGGCGAUUUCAGCCUUCAAUGCUGAAAUGCGGCGUCGGAUAUGGGCCUCUAUUCUCGAAAUAAAUGUCCAGCUUUCACUCGAUGCAGCCAUGCCUCCGCUGCUGGCUCCAGAGGACUAUGAUACGCUCCCUCCAGCAAAUCUAGGUGACGAUGACUUUGACCAGUCGACGACUGAUAUACCUCCAUCACAGCCCAAGUACUACUGGACCACAUCGUCUCUGCAGAAUCUCCUCUGCCAGUCCCUCCCUGUACGACUCCGUAUUGCACGAACAAUCAACGAUUGUAGCAAGGAGCAAUCCUACGAGAAGGCACUGCAAUUGGGUGGGGAGGUAGCAGCAGCUUGCAAGGAAAUGGCCGCUCUGUUUCACACAUGGCUUCCCCGGACCGGCAAAAGCAUGCUUCGACCAACCCAGUUUCACCACCGAGUCAUGGACACUAUUCUACGGCGAUUCUUGCUCAAUCUAUACCGCCCAUUCACAGCUCAGGCCGCUCAAGAUCCGCGAUUCUAUCUAUCACGGAAACUCAGUAUCGACUCUGCGCUCAUAUUAGCAUCUUAUACAGAGGAUCCUUCUCCGACUUCGGGGGCUGAUCAAACCCCGUAUCAAGACUUCCAUCGAUUAUCUCUUUCCGGGGCUGGCGUCUUCAAGGGUUGCCUUUCACUGGAUGUCAUCAUAGUAAUCAGCCUGGAACUCAUCACCCAACUGGAAGAAGAAGGUGCCAUACUACCGAUCAGCCCUCAAUCGUACACAUCAAACGGAGCUGAUCAAAUGGUGCAUGCAGCUCGCAGGCCACUCAUUCAGGCUCUUGAGCGAAUCAAAGACCAUAUUUAUGAAGGCUUGGUUGCAGGAAUCCCGAGUAUGAAGCGGUAUUGUCUUCUUGUCGGUGUUCUUGCACAGGUUCAAGCUGUGCCUCAUGGAGAGCAGGCAGAGUGGACUCAUAUUCGUGAAGCCUUCAUGGAAAGUAUGAAGACGUGUCGCAAGCUACUGCAACAACAUAUCUUGAAUGAGUCUCCGGCAACGGCGACUGAUGGCACACUGCUUACGCCGGCUGACAAACUGUGCGAGUUCACACCCGAGAGCGCGAUUGGGUCAAGCUUGGAUCUUGACCUCAUGAUUCCGGCUCUCGGCUUUGAUGAUUUGAGCUUCUGGAAUAUUCCUGGCAUUCUGGAUACUGAAGCAUUCAUGGGCUCGCAAUACGGGCAAGAAACAAUGUAG